AUGGAUAGCUCGCCCCAGCCGCCAGUGCGCAUCAUCCCUACGUCCUCCACGAAGCUCUCGCCGACGCAGGCUUUGGACGCGUUAGACGAGUUCAUGGCGGAUUUUCAGGAGAGGAGUUCGCCGUUGAAGGGGGGCGAUAAUACCGUCACUGUCCAGCUCCAGAAAUUGAGCGCGGCGCUACAGCAGGAGGAGGAGGCGAACCGUUCGAGGAUUCUUAUUGGGCGGUGCUCGUCCGAGUCCUGGUUCCACACUUUCCUGUCCUCGUACUACUCGAAUGCAUCCAUGUCCUUGUUCGCCCGAUGA